AUGUAUGCUGAUGAAUAUACGGCAGUGUCGUGUUCGCAGGCGUUCUUCUACUUUACUCGAUACUCUGCCCACGAUGCUUGGUAUCUACGCUACCUUGUGUUGGCAUGCUUGGUGUUUGACACCACGCACCAGGCCUUGAUCACGCACACGAUAUACAUCUAUCUCGUGAGGCAUUUCAACGACCCCGCCAACCUCGGUCGCCUCGUUUGGUCAUUGCUGGUCGAAGUGUUGUUCAAUGCUAUGGUGACCGUACUUGUGCAAAUGUGGCGUCUGCUAAGUUUGUACGAUGGCAUAUCACUGACGCAGGCUAGAUUUUACGUCUUCCGCAUCUGGCGCCUCAGCAACCGGAAUGUCUGGAUCACCGCCCCCGUGGUCACCUUCGUUGUCGCCGAGUUUGGCGCUGCACUUGCCUACACUUCGCUAUCGCUUCAAUUGGAGGACUUUCAACAACUUGAGAAAUUGAAGCCGCUCUCGAUCACCGUAAACGGCCUUGCUGCGGGCGGAGAUCUCCUCAUCGCCAUCGUUCUGUGCGUUAUGCUGCACACGUCCAGGACCGGAUUCAAGAAAUCGGAUACGGUCAUUAGACGAUUGAUGAUCUAUGUCGUAAACACCGGUCUAUUGACCAGUACAUCUGCCCUUGGCUCCCUGGUUUCUAUCGUCGUAUGGCCGAAUGCAUUUAUCUACAUCUGCUUCUAUUUCACUCUCGGGCGUUUGUACACGAACAGUCUCCUUGCCACUCGUAACAUCCGGGCCAAGAUGACGUCUGGCGAUGACGGAUUGUCCAUACGCUCGCUUAGUGGAAAUGGAGUGAGCACCGACUCCAAGGGGCCCCAAAGCCCCAUCAAACUGAAGAGCGGGCGCGAUAUCGCGAUCAGGGUGCAGACGACGACCGAGUAUCAGAUGGACGAUACCAACCUGCAUGAUAUCGUGUUCCGCAUUCCGUCACCAAAGUACGAGGACGUGGACCGUACCACGGAGACAAUGUACGCAGAGCGCCGAAGCUGCUUCGAGGCGCUCGAUUACGAGAUCGAACCCGCCUCUCAUGACAGCAAUGGGAGCGUCUCCACGCUCCGCGGCGCCCAAUCCGAUCUUGAGUGCGGGGUUGCGGUACAGUACGUAGUGGAGGACGAUGACUCCGCCCUGGAAGUUAACGAGCCCCGCAAGGCGUAG